UUGUUUAGCUUUUAUAUUUAAACACCUUUUUCCCAUCAAGAGGCUAUUGGUCAUCUCUCUCUCUUCAUCUACCAAAAUUUCUUUCUUUCUUUGAUUGAGAUGGAUAUCAAACGCUUCCUUCAUGAACACCACUUGCUCUAUGAUGAUUACAGUGAAUCAGAGGCAAUUUGUGAUAUAUGCAAUCAGAAAAUGGAUGGUUUGGCCUAUUCUUGUGAAAGAUGCGAGUUUUGGUUGCAUAAUAACUGCGUUCAUCAACACCUACCUCAUCAGAUAAGUGCACAUCCUUUCCAUUCCCAACACAAACUUAGUCUCUUAUGGUCAAAUCACAUAGAUUACAUAUGUGCUAAAUGUUUCAAUCUUUCUCGAGGCCAUAGAUACCAUUGCAAAGAUUGUGAUUUUAGCCUUGAGUAUCAAUGUGCUUUUUCAACCAAUGAUGAGAAAAAUAGACUCAAUGAUGAGACACCCAAAAAAUUUAGUCGUUUCAACAUGUCGUUGACCCUCUUCAACUAUAGGAGAGUGAAAAAGGAUGAGUAUACAUGUAGUUGGUGUGAGAUGCAUUUAUCUGGAAUGUCCUAUGGUUGUCUUGACGAAGGUGUUUAUAUCUGGUUCCAUGAUUCCUGCCUAAUCAACAUGCCUAGCAUAAUCUUCAAACACCCAUUUCAUCCUUCACACCCUCUUCCAUUACUCAACGUUUACAUGGAUAAUGCGUUGUGCAAUGCUUGCAACCUACCAAUAUGGGAGUUCAGAAAAGUCUAUUGCUGUAGAAAAUGUGAAUUCCAACUUCAUGUUCAUUGUGCUAAACUACGACCCAGUCUCAAGGUUGAGUUACAUGAGCAUGAUCUUACUUUUUUUCGAAUAAAAACUAAUACAGCUACCCACCUAUGCAAGAUAUGUGGUUUUAAUUUUGAUGCUAUAGGGACCGAAAGUGCUUUUUAUCGUUGUGUUCAGUGUAAUUUCAAUUACCAUUUCAAAUGUCUCACAAUACCCCAUUCUACUUCACACAAGUAUCAUAGGCAUGAUCUCAUGCUUAUGGAUUCAUAUAUAGAAGAUGUUUCUGAAGAAUAUUAUUGUGAUAUAUGUGAAAAAGAAAGAAAACCCAAGCAUCGUGUUUAUUCUUGCAAGAAAUGCAAAUUUGUUGCUCACAUCGAAUGUGCACUCAAAAAGUUUGUAGAUAUGAAACUUGACCAAAGUUCGACCUCUAUUUUGUUGGAUAGCGAAGCUUCAACAUUGAAGGUGCAAAUUGAACAUUUUGAUCAUCCACAUCCCCUGAGCUAUAAAAAGGCUAUUGAACAGAAUGAGAAUCUCCUCUGCAAUGCUUGCCGUCAGAAAAUUUUUGAUCAACACUAUGCUUGUGAAGAUUGUAAAUACUACUUACAUGAAAUGUGCACUACAUUGUCACAUGAGGUGUCACACCCUCUUCAUCGCCAACAUCCUCUCAAGCUCUUCACGGAUAUAGUUGAAUUUACAUGUCAUGGAUGUAGGGACCAUUCUGGUGGGUUUGCUUACAUAUGCCUUCCAUGUGAUUUCCAACUUGACGUGAAAUGUGCUACCACUCCAAUUGCACCUAAUAAUGAUGGCCAAAGGCUGAAUGAGAUGGAGAAAGUUUUCAAGUUGUGCCCUUUCAAUCAAAAUCAUAAGCUAGAGUUCUUCAACCAUAGACCCAAUCUCAAAGAUUUGGCUAUGGAAUGUGAUGCUUGCAAGCUACCAAUCUUGGGUCCAGGUUAUACAUGUCGUGAUUGUUUCAAUAUCAAAAUUCAUGAAUCUUGUCUUUCACAUAUGCAGGAGAUACAACUCACCUUUCAUCCGUUACACCCCCUUCAUCCACAAAUUGGCGAUUGGGAAAAUUGUUCUGCCUGUAGAUUUAAAAUCAUUGAAAGUAUCGGUUAUAGUUGUCGGCAGUGUGAUUUCCACCUUCAUCUUCAUUGUGCUAAUUCCCUGAAGCUGGCCUUGAAAAUUAAGUCUCACAUGCAUAAUCUUUAUUAUUUUGGAGCACAUUAUGAGAAAUCCUACCAAUUAUGUAACAAAUGCAAAAGUUACAUUGGUAAGGAACCUUUCUAUUAUUGCGUGGAGUGCAAUAUCAAUUUGCACUUAAAAUGUGUUCCCAUACCAUGUUUAGUUAAAUCCAAAUGUCAUAUGCAUCGUUUGACUCUUAAAAAUCAUUUUGUGGAAGAUGAUUAUGGAGAAUACUAUUGUGACAUUUGUGAAGAAGAAAGGAACUCAAAAAAUCAUUGUUAUUAUUGUGAAGAGUGUGCUGGACUAUUUGUUGCUCACAUCGAGUGCGUGCUUCUUACAGAUUUCCAUGAAUUUUCCAACUUUAAAGAUGUCGACUCACCUACUGAGAAGUCCUCUAUGGAUAAGUUGCUUUUCGAGCCCCAUGCCGAAGUUUACUUAAACCAAAAUAGAGAGAAGUAUUGGGUGGAUAAGAAGUUAAACAAAUACUGCUUCAUGUUGUUUGCAAGAGAUUUUUCAAUCACUUGGGCAGAAGACCACCGUUAUUGGCGUUGGUCAUACCAAAGGGAAACAAACAGCGAUGUGUUGAUUGAUGUUGCCGAACUUCUAGAUGUGUGUUGGCUAGAAAUGCAUGUGAGUAUCAAUGUAAAAAGGCUUUCACCAAAAACUUUGUAUGGAGUUGUGUUUGUGUUUAAGUUGACAGAUAAAGCAUAUGGAUGGAAUAUUCCAGUGAACUUUGGAUUCACUCUUCCCAAUGGGCACAAGGUUGAACACAAGGAAGUUUUGAUGACCAAGCCGAGAGGAGUAUGGACAGAAAUCCAUAUCGGAGAAUUUACAACUUCAUCUGAAAUUGUUGGAGAAUUAGAUAUUUACUGUCACGAAUAUGAUGUAUUAUUUUGGAAGAGAGGACUUAUUGUUAAAGGAGUUGCUAUUCUGCCAAAGAAUUAAGUUAUAAAUUAGCAUGUUCUCACAAUAAAUCUGAAAGUACUGUAGUUUUUUCAUUUGUUCAUAAUCCUGCAAAUUCCAAAAUGCAAUAAAGUUGAAAGGACCCAACUCAUCCAA